AUGGCCGCCAAAUCGUCCCGCAAGGACCGCAUCUGGUCGCGAGGAGAAAUCGAGGGGUUGAUUGCAGAAGGAAGAAAGAUCGUGAUAUUCGAUGGACAAGUGAUCAAGACCGAUUUGUGGCUGCCAUUCCAUCCUGGAGGGGAAAAGUCCGUCCUUCAUAUGGUUGGGAGAGAUGCAACAGACGAGAUCCGCGCCCUACACUCUCCUGAAGCUCAGAAAUAUAUGCAGAAGUACGCGAUUGGAAGAAUCGAAGGACGAUGGGUAAACUUCUUGCCCCCCAUACAAGGCGGACACUUCAGACCCUACGUUCCGGGUCAGGAAGAGUGUGAAGAGCUGGAUUUGGAGAUUGACGAUACAGCGAGCUUCUCGAGCAGAAGUACUGUCGCUCCCUCACCGGUCUUCGAUCCGGCCGAUACGACCACCCGACACCCUUCAGCAACCUCCUCCGUCUCCUCCGUCUCCUCUCUGUCCGAUGUCGCGUCUGCAGACGUCAAGCCGAAUCCUAUUGACCGCCAGCUUGAUGCUGAAAGAUCCUCCGACUUCAUUAAAUAUCCAUCUUUGGACCUGGCGUCGCAGGAUCGGAUCAUUGCCAAAUACCGGGAGCUGGAUGCUCGCAUUCGUGCCGCAGGCCUGUACGACUGUCCAUACGGCUCCUACGGGAUCGAAGGCUGUCGAUAUACCUUCCUCUUCGUCUCGUUCUUGGUCGCUCUGCACUACUCACACUAUGCCAUUGCUGGUUUGUUCUUGGGUAUGUGCUGGCACCAGCUCGUGUUCACGGUCCACGACUCGGGCCACAUGGGAGUCACACACCGAUUCCACAUCGACUCGUGCAUCGGCAUCUUCAUCGCCGACUUCCUCGGUGGUCUGUCAGUCGGGUGGUGGAAACGAAACCACAAUGUCCACCACAUUGUGACCAACUCUCCCGAGCACGAUCCUGACAUCGAGCAUAUCCCAUUUUUCGCGAUCUCGACCCGGUUCUUCGGUUCCCUUCGCUCGAGCUACUACGACCGCGUGAUGCCUUUCGACGCGAUCGCCAAGUGGUUCAUCUCCAAACAGGAUUGGCUAUACUAUCCCAUCUUGACCUUUGGCCGGUUCAACCUGUACCGCCUGUCGUGGGAAUACCUUCUCCUCGGCCAGGCUCCCAAAAAAGGUCCUGCUUGGUGGCAUCGCUACCUGGAGAUCCUGGGACAAGUGUUCUUCUGGGUCUGGUACGGCUAUUUUGUCGUCUACAAGUCCAUCCCUACCGGCUGGGACCGGUUCGUGUUCGUCAUGAUCUCUCACAUGGUGACGUCGCCUGUCCACGUCCAGAUCACGCUCUCGCAUUUCGCAAUGUCCACCACGGACAUGGGAGUCCACGAGUCGUUCGCCCAGAAAAUGCUCCGCACCACUAUGGACGUCGACUGCCCGACCUGGCUCGAUUUCUUCCACGGCGGCCUGCAGUUCCAGGCCGUGCAUCAUCUGUUCCCGCGCAUCCCCAGACAUAAUCUACGCAAGGCACAGAAAUAUGUCAAGGAGUUCUGCGCAGAUACCGGCAUCCCGUAUGCGAUCUACGGGUUCGGUCAAGGGAACAAAGAAGUCAUCGGCAGGCUGGGCGAGGUGGCUAAGCAGGUCAGGGUGUUUGAGGAGUGUAGGAAGGUUUGUGCUCAAGAGUUGCUGGAGGGCCAUGCACAUGCAGAAUAA